GAGGCAGGCAGUCAUGCGGAUGGAAACAGGAGUGGGCAUCCGCUGUGCUGCACGAAGAAGAAAGUUCGAGGAAAGAUGCACGAAGAGGAGGAUGGCAGCAGGGACACGAGCUCCUGCGCAGCCUCGCGGAUUUUGGCCGCGAAGUCGGUGGAUGUGGCCGAGCUCGAGGCCAGCAAGGAGCAGGCCUCCAAGCUGUGCGGCUACUUGAACAAACUGUCCGGCAAGGGGCCUCUGAGGGGGUACAAGCCGCGGUGGUUCGUGUAUGACCCGAGGAAAUGUUACUUGUAUUACUUCAAGACUCCCCAAGACGCACUGCCGCUCGGGCACAUCGAGAUAGGCGACGCGUGCUUCAGCUACGACGUGGAGGGGGACGAGGGUCAGUUUGAGAUCCGCACAGCCGGGAAAGAGUUCCUCCUGAAGGCCCCCAGCAGGCAGGUGAUGCAUUACUGGCUCCAGCAGUUACAGCAGAAACGUUGGGAGUACAGCAACACGCGAGGGGCCGGUCAGAGAGACAGCUGGAGCUCCCCAACCUUGGCCUGCCCUCCCACCGGCCUCGUAAGCAAAGACAAUGAUGCGUUUGUCUUUGAGAAGCUGAGCGAAAGCAUGGAGAAGGUCCGUAGCGACUUUGCCAUGGACACAGAAACAGAUGGCGGGGGAAUGGUGGGGAUCCAGUCAGCCAGGGGGCCUUCUGCUGCAUCCACAAACCCCCUCAACUUCUCCCUCAGAAACUUUGGUACAGAAAUCAGGAACUCCAUGUCUUAUCUGCGGCCGGGGAGAGGAGGCGAAAACAGACGCAGUGUGUUUUACACUGGCAACAGCAGUGCAGAGGAGUGGGAACUGGUCGAUGCUCCACCCAAGGACUUCCCUGAACAGAAACAUCAUCCAGACACACACAGACAUUCCUUCGGAUCAGCUUUUACUUUUGACUUUGUGCGCAACUCAUCGCGCCCCAAGAGGCCUUUGCUCCGAGACAUGAGGUUUGGGCGCAACGCUGACACACGCAGUGCCGAGAACUCGCCAGUGGAGUGUAAUGGAAGCAAAUCUUUGGAGAUGCAGCUUCGCCUCCAGAGCCAACAAGAAGAACUUAAUCGCAUGCAGCAGGAACAGACCAAACUCAGAGAAGAGCUCGCCAGUCAGAAGGAGCUUGUGAGACUUCUGCAGCAAACUCUGAGGACCUCCCAGUGUGACAGGCAGCCAGUGCGGCCGCCAGCCCCAGCUCCGGAUUCAUCUGCGGCUCCAGACCAGACUCAAGGUCCAGUAGUAACACAGGAAGAGAACACCCAGAUGGAGGCCUUGCUUCAGGAAAAAGACGGACAGAUCCAGUCCCUGUGUGGCCACAUGGAGCGUCUUGCCUUGGAGAAGGAGAGUCUGCAACAAGAGCUGAAGGGCCUGAAAAUAAAGGUGGGGGAGAUAAACGACCAGCUAGGGAUGCUAAUGGAGACCAUCCAGGCCAAGGAUGAAGUCAUCAUAAAGCUGUCACAGGAGAGCUCAGAGCAGAGCGGCAAUCACAGUGACGCCGGUUCACCACUUCCCAACAAAGAUCAGCAGGAGCUAGACAUCCUCAAGGACAGUCUUCAAGGCUACAAAUCCCAGAACAAGUUCCUGAACAAAGAGAUCCUGGAGCUGACAGUGUUACGUAGAAAUUCAGAGAGUAGAGAAAAAGCUUUAGAAGCAAAGUAUACGGCCCUGGAGGCCAAGAUGUGUCAGGUGGAGAGUAAGUACCUGGUGCUGCUUCAAGAAGUGAAAACCCCGGUGUGUUCGUCUUCAGAGCAGAGCCAAACCCGUGAGGUCAUUUCCAGAUUAUUAGAGGAUGCACUGCAGGCAGAAAGCCCCGACCAACAAGAGCACCCCAUCUUUAAACCAAAUACUGUCAGUGAGUACGACGUGUUCGGCUUCAAGACUGUCCCCGAGGAGGAGGAAGAGGAGGAGAAGCUGGUUGCGAAGGUGAGAGCUCUGGAGCUGAAGUCCCUAUCCAUGACGGAUCAGGAGGUGUCCGUCGGGGUGAAGUGGGAGAACUAUCUGGCCAGCACUAUGAACAGAGACCUGGUGCGCUCCCCUGAGCUCAAAGCCCUGAUGCGCUGCGGUGUGCCCCACGAGCACCGAUCCAAGGUCUGGCGCUGGUGUGUCUCCUUCCAUGUCAAGAAGUUUCGGGACCACUUGGCCCCCGACUAUUAUGAGACCUUAUUAAACGUCGCCCGGGACAAGCCUAACCCAGCCUCGAAGCAGAUCGAGUUGGACUUGCUGCGUACUUUGCCCAACAACAAGCACUAUGCCUCCCCAAGUGCAGGCGGCAUCCAGAAACUCAGGAACAUCCUGAUGGCCUUCUCCUGGAGGAAUCCGGAUAUCGGCUACUGCCAGGGACUGAACAGGCUGGCAGCUAUUGCCCUACUCUAUUUGGACCAAGAGGACGCCUUCUGGAGCCUCAUAGCCAUUGUGGAGGUCUUCAUGCCAAGAGACUAUUACACCAAGACUCUGCUUGGCUCACAGGUUGACCAGCGUGUGUUCAAGGACCUGAUGUGUGAGAAGCUACCCCGGCUUCAUGCCCACUUUGAGCAGUACAAGGUAGACUUCUCCCUCAUCACCUUUAACUGGUUCCUGGUGGUGUUUGUGGACAGUGUGGUGAGCGACAUCCUCUUCAAGAUCUGGGAUGCCUUCCUGUUUGAAGGCCCGAAGAUCAUAUUUCGCUUCGCCCUCGCUCUCUUCAAGUACAAAGAGGAAGAGUUUUUGAAGCUGCAGGAUUCCACAGCCAUCUUCAAAUAUCUUCGAUACUUCACACAAACGAUCCUGGAUUCAAGGAAGCUGAUGAACAUCGCCUUUAUGGACAUGAACCCGUUCCCCAUGCGGCAAAUUCAGAACCGCCGCUCCUUCCACCUGGAGAAAGUCCGCCUUGAGCUGACCGAGCUGGAGGCGAUCAGGCAGACCUUUCUCAGGGAGAGAGAGACUAGUCAGGACGGACGGAGCUUCGUCAGCGAUGAUGAGGAGGAUAACUGACCUUAAGCUUGUCACAUUUCCCAGCUGAAGUAUGAAGAGAUCACACCUUCACCACACCAGUGAUGUGCUGCAGUUGAAAAGGGAUUUUUAUUUCCUAAAGAAUUGGUCUCUGAAUCAGGGCUGGAACAAUCAACUUUCUAUAAAUGUUGAGUGAAAUCUGAUCAAAAGACCAAAACUUUACAGGCCAAAUGGGCUUUCUAUCAGUAUUCCUGCCAUUUUUGUUUUUGUUUUUUGUAAAAGCCUUAUUUGUUGUAUGCUUGUGUGUAUAUGUGACAGCCAGAACAGUGUGCUUUGUCCAUGGCUCUUCAACCUUCAAUGCCAAGCUACACUCUUUCAGUCCGAAUCAGUAUUUUUAAAAACAUGGCUGUGAUCUUUUAAAAGUCUUCGACUUUAUGCCUGUUGAAGGAAUGAUUGUAUUUUUUUCUUAACUCUUGUUUUCAUUUAUUUAGCUUUCUCUGCCCCCAGUUCCUUUCAUACAAGUCUUAAAAAUGUUUAACUAAAUAUUUUUUUUAAUAUAUUUUCCACAUUGCCACUCAACAACACAUCUUUUGUGUUUGAUCCCUGUGUCUGUUGAUGCACUUGAAUCGUCUAUGCUGAAAUUCAGAUUCUGCUGAAAGUCUUAGAGCCUUCUGAUCCCUAAGUUGAACAUAUCAUUCCAGUCUCUGAGGAGUGUUUGUGCCUCAAAAGAAUUCAAACAAAGGUCUACCAUCAAACCUCAGCAAAAACAAAAUCGUCUCCCCAUGUAUUAUCAUUUGCAUAAACAGCAUGUGGAACAUUUUGGGGAGGACUUUGCUUGUAUUUGUUUUUUUUGUUUUUUUUUGUUUUUACAAAUCUGAGAUAAAAUAAUUGGAGACAGUAAUUGAGCCAUCGUGUUAACGCUGUCAGCCAGUGCUGUAAUGUUGGUCAUUCCAGUUUAUCUGUCCAUAUUUGGCAGAGUUUCUUAAUAUUGUCAUGUUAUUUUUACACUAAAAUACCACUUAAUUACUUAAAGUUUCCCAAAGACAUUACAUUUGUAAUUGACCAAAAAACAACAACUAUUGUUUACACAUUUAUUAUGGACAAUAUUUAAAAUUGGCACUGACCAAAUCAGUCGAUCCCCUACAAAUUACCUCAUUAUCUGACUAUUUUAUUGCAACUCUUUUGUGUAUUACGAUAUAUUAUUUGCCCUAAAAAAUACCCCUGCCUGUGAGUAUUGUGCUAAAGUGUAAUGUUCUGUUUUCUUUUCGUAAUGUUCUUGAUUUUUCAAAAAAUAAGUUGGGAUUUUUAUGUGUUUAAAGGAUUCAAUUUCCCCUGACUAAAAUCUAUUUUGCAAGAUUUACAGGACAUGUAAUGCUGGGAUUACUUCUCUGAGCCCUGUUGGAAAAUGCUGAUGUAUUUACAUGAAUUGUCCUCAGUGUGGCAGUAUAACAUUUGUCUACCAAGCGUUUACACCAGUUCACAGGUACCCUCCACAUGGUAUGGUUUUAUAGUUUAGUAUACUGUCGUUCAGCUUCGGAUGAAGUGGCUGUGAAGUCAGUCUGUCAGCAUGAUUGUUGUGUGAAAAUGGAAAUAUGAUUUGUUAUGUAUGAAGGAAGUAUUUCAGGAGAUUGCUAAACAUGUGUAGCAAUAUCUUUCUGUCUUCCACAUUCAGGUACUUACAGAUGAUAGCUGUUUACUUUUCAACAUUGUGACCAUAUUCUCUAUUACACAUGUUUUACGGUAUCUACUGUGUAACAGACCAGUAUGAAAAAGUUAAUGUUCCACACAUCAAAACCUGCUUAGAAAGAAACCAUGUUUAGAUUUGAGUAAAUCUGAUGUCUAAAUGGGAAUCCACAAGAGAGGAACAAGUUUUUUUUCUUCCACUUAGCCUCUUUUCUUGUGUGCUGAUAUAUUGUUUACAACUAUGUUGUUUGUUACAACUUUUAAUUUCCUUUACUCUAAUUGUACUUUGAGCUGUUUACAGAAUCGACUACCUUUUCUCUGUUACAGUAUUGUCCACCAUAGCAUCACGCCUAAGUUUUUGUUUGUGGGACCACCUGAACUUGUGAAAAAUUGGCAGGAUUAUGGUUGUUUUGAUGAUGGAAAUGUGAAUGGAAGAAAUGACCCGUGGAAGUAGAAAUUUAAUUAGUUUUUCAUCAUGAGAGCAGGUCUCUCUACUGAUAAAAAAAAAUAUGAUCAGUUUAAGAUUUUUUGGUCCACUCAUUUUGUCAAAGGGCUCAUAUAGUAGGUUUUUAGUUUAUACUCAUAUUUUAGUAAACAACUUCUGUUCUAAGGCUACUCUGUCGUCAGUUUAUUUUGUACAUUGAAUAAGCUACAUUUAAUCUUGUCACCUUUUUUUUUUUCCCUUUCUCCCUUUCUUGCUUCUCCCACCAAUGUAUUGCACAAGUGUAGCAACAAGAUGGCUUCAGAAUAUUAUAGGGCACUUCACUUUUUGUAUGCAAAUCUCUAUGAUAUCUUGUUCAUUGUUAAUUGGUAUCAUUUAAUGAUAAAACGUGUAAAGCUUUUAUGUUACAGCAUUAAGUAUAUGCCACUGUGAUGUUUUUGUAAUACCAAUUCAAAUUCAAAUAAAUAAUGGCUGACUCAA